AGCUGCACCGCCAUUUUCCCUGCUUUCAGACUGCCUGACGGACAGACUGACGGCCGGCCGUCGGAGCAUCCCGCACCCAUCCUCCUGUUUAUCCGUGCGGCACCCCGCUCCUCCCUCCACACCACUCCACGUCUCCCACUCUUUUCUAACUGACGCACCGCUGCUGAAGCUGAGGCACGGCGGAUUAUCCAUGUAUGGGUGCGUGAGGGGGAAAUGAUGCUGUAGGCUAACCAAAGGAUAGAGCGAAGGACCAAAAUACGAGCUGCAGAGGAGAAUCGGAGGAGGCACCAGAGGAUCCUGCCGCUGUUUUGAAUGGGAAGGGGGAUCCACCAUUUGCGGCUGUCGAGUCUGAGUUGCUGAGGUGCCAGGUGCGCACUGGUAGCCACGGGGAUCUCCAGCUCUUCUGCUCACUCACACGUAGACCUGCAACAUGGCGGGGGCUUCCGUGAAGGUAGCGGUGAGGGUCCGACCCUUCAACUCCAGAGAGAUCGGGAAGGAGAGCAAGUGCAUCAUUCAGAUGUCUGGGAACACCACGAGUGAGUAUACGAGAGUUCAGCUGCCUGAGGACGUCAACUAUGCCUCCCAGAUGCAGGUGUACAGAGACAUCGGAGAGGAGAUGCUGCUCCACGCCUUUGAAGGCUACAAUGUGUGUAUAUUUGCAUACGGGCAGACGGGUGCAGGCAAAAGCUACACCAUGAUGGGCCGACAGGAAAAAGACCAGCAGGGAAUCAUUCCUCUGCUGUGCGAGGACCUUUUCACCAAGAUCAAUGACAGCAAUAAUGAAAACAGCAUGUCCUACUCAGUGGAGGUGAGUUACAUGGAGAUCUACUGUGAGCGUGUGCGUGACCUGCUGAAUCCCAAAAACAAAGGAAACCUGCGUGUCAGAGAGCACCCGCUGAUGGGACCCUAUGUUGAAGAUCUAUCAAAGCUAGCCGUCACCUCCUACAAUGACAUCCAGGACCUGAUGGAUUCUGGAAACAAGGCCAGGACUGUGGCUGCUACCAACAUGAACGAGACAAGCAGCCGCUCCCACGCCGUCUUCAACAUUAUCUUCACUCAGAAGAAACACGACAUGGAGACGGACAACACGUCAGAGAAGGUCAGCAAGAUCAGUUUGGUUGACUUGGCUGGCAGCGAGAGAGCAGACUCAACUGGAGCUAAAGGAACAAGGCUGAAGGAAGGAGCAAAUAUCAACAAAUCCCUGACCACUCUGGGAAAAGUGAUUUCUGCUCUGGCUGAACUAGACUCUGCACCAAACAAGAACAAGAAAAAGAAGAAGGUGGAGAGUUUCAUUCCCUACAGAGACUCGGUGCUCACAUGGCUGCUGAGGGAGAACUUAGGAGGAAACUCUCGCACAGCCAUGGUGGCUGCCCUUAGCCCUGCUGAUAUUAACUAUGAUGAAACCCUAAGUACCCUCCGGUACGCCGAUCGUGCCAAACAGAUCCGCUGCAACGCCGUGAUCAACGAGGACCCCAACAACCGGCUGGUGCGCGAGCUGAAAGAGGAGGUGGCUCGUCUCAAAGACCUGCUGUACGCACAGGGCCUGGGCGACAUCAUCGAGACGUAUCGCUGCACUGGUCCUGUCAUCACUGGUUUGAAAUACCUGUGCGAUUACAAGAACUUUGUGAAUAAUCGCCAGGCUGUCAAUCAAAGGGGUGAUCUCUCCGCAGUGACCCACGCCAUGACGGGAAUGAGCCCCUCACCCUCGCUCUCAGCCCUAUCCAGUCGAGCCGGCUCCAUCAGCAACCUCCACGAUCGCAUCUUUAGCCCGGCCAGUGAGGAAGCCAUUGAAAGGCUCAAGGAAACCGAGAAAAUCAUCGCAGAGCUCAAUGAGACAUGGGAAGAGAAACUGCGCCGUACUGAGGCCAUCCGUAUGGAGAGAGAGGCACUGUUGGCUGAGAUGGGCGUUGCCAUGAGAGAAGAUGGAGGCACAGUCGGCGUCUUCUCCCCCAAAAAGACGCCUCAUCUGGUGAACCUCAACGAGGACCCACUGAUGUCCGAGUGUCUGCUCUAUUACAUCAAAGACGGCAUAACCAAGGUUGGCCGUGAAAAUGCCAAAACUCGCCAAGAUAUUGUUCUUAGUGGCCAUUUUAUCAAGGAUGAACACUGCACCUUCAGCAGCACCACCGGCCCUCAGGGAGAAGGAUGCAUCAUUCUUGACCCGUGUGAGGGAGCAGAGACUUAUGUCAAUGGCAAGAGAGUGACCUCACCUAUUGUCCUGAGGUCUGGAAAUCGCAUCAUCAUGGGCAAGAGCCACGUGUUCCGCUUCAACGACCCCGAGCAGGCUCGUCUGGAGCGGGAGAGGACGCCGUGCGCCGAGACACCCGUGGAGCCCGUCGACUGGGCCUUUGCUCAGCGAGAGCUGCUGGAGAAACAAGGCAUCGACAUGAAGCAGGAGAUGGAGCAGAGGCUUCAGGAGCUUGAGGAUCAGUACCGCAAAGAACGAGAGGAAGCCAGCAACCUGCUGGAACAACAGCGGCUGGACUAUGAGAGUAAACUGGAAGCCCUUCAGAAACAGGUGGACUCUCGGUACCUGGAAUCACCUGAGGAAGAGGAGGAGCCUGAAGAGGAAGUGCCGUGGACGAAGCGCGAGACCGAGCUGGCGCUGUGGGCUUUCAGAAAGUGGCGUUUCUAUCAGUUCACGUCCCUCAGGGAUCUGCUCUGGGGCAACGCCAUCUUCCUCAAAGAGGCCAAUGCUAUCAGUGUGGAGCUGAAGAAGAAGGUGCAGUUCCAGUUUGUCCUCUUGACAGACACUCUCUAUUCUCCGCUGCCCCCUGACCUGCUGCCUCCCAGUGAGGCUAAAGAGAGAGAGAGGCGACCGUUCCCUCGGACGAUAGUGGCCGUCGAAGUACAAGAUCAAAAGAACGGAGCCACACAUUACUGGACUCUGGAAAAACUGAGACAGAGGCUGGACCUGAUGAGAGAAAUGUAUGAUCGUGCUGCGGAGCUGCCCAGCAGCGCCGUGGAGGACUGUGACCACGCCCUGACAGGAGGCGACCCCUUCUACGACCGCUUCCCCUGGUUCCGUCUGGUCGGCAGGGCUUUUGUGUAUCUGAGUAACCUGCUGUAUCCGGUCCCUCUGGUACAUCGUGUGGCCAUUGUAAGCGAGAAAGGAGAGGUGAAAGGCUUCCUUAGAGUGGCAGUGCAGGCCAUCUCAGCUGAUGAGGAGGCGCCUGAUUACGGCUCUGGCGUGAGGCAGUCAGGCACCGCCAAGAUCUCCUUUGAAGACAAACAGUUUGAGAAGUUUCAGACUGAGUCGUGUCCCGCAAAUCUGUCGCACUCCAACACCUCGCAGGAAGAGCUGCGAAUUGUGGAGGGAGAAGGACAAAAUGCUGAGACUGGAAUCUCUGCAGAUGAAGUUAACAACAACACCUGUGAAGCCACACUGGAUGCUCCUCUAAGCCCAGUAAAGAGUUUAGGUCUGGGUCUGGAUCUUCCUCUGGACCUGUCUCCAGAGAAAGCACUGUCCCACCUCAAGAUCGGCAGCACUUUCACCUUCAGAGUUACCGUCUUACAGGCCUCGAGCAUCUCUGCAGAGUACGCCGACAUCUUCUGCCAGUUCAACUUCAUCCACCGUCACGACGAAGCUUUCUCCACUGAGCCGCUGAAAAAUACCGGCAGAGGGCCGCCACUGGGCUUCUACCAUGUCCAAAAUAUCACAGUGGAGGUGACCAAGUCCUUCACGGAGUACAUCAAGACUCAGCCCAUCGUCUUUGAGGUGUUUGGACACUAUCAGAAACAGCCGUUCCCUCCACUCUGCAAAGAUUUAAUCAGCCCACUGAGACCUUCCAGGAGGCAGUUCCCUCGGGUAAUGCCGUUAUCCAAACCAGUGCCUGCCACCAAGCUCAACACUCUGACUCGCUCCACUGCGGGACCCUGUCACGCCAAAUACGAUCUCAUGGUCUUCUUUGAGAUCUGCGAGCUGGAAGCUAACGGAGAUUAUAUCCCGGCUGUUGUUGACCACAGAGGUGGGAUGCCCUGCCAUGGGACGUUCCUUUUACAUCAGGGCAUUCAGAGGAGGAUCAGAGUCACAAUUGCUCACGAAACAGGAAAUGAUAUUGAGUGGAAAGAAGUGAAGGAGCUCGUUAUUGGUCGUAUUCGAAACACGCCCGAGGCUGAUGAGACCAUCAUAGACCCCAACAUCCUUUCCCUCAACAUCCUGACCUCUGGAUACGUCUGGCCAAAACAUGAUGACAAUGUCUCUCUGGGAGUUGAUCACAGAACUUUCUACCGAUUCGAGGCCGCAUGGGACAGCUCCAUGCACAACUCUCUGCUUCUGAACAGAGUCACACCCUAUGGGGAGAAGAUCUACAUCACCCUCUCUACUUAUCUAGAGAUGGAGAACUGUACUCAGCCGACAGUUAUCACCAAAGACUUCUGCAUGGUGUUUUACUCCCGUGACACAAAGCUGCCGGCAUCCCGCUCCAUCAGAAACCUCUUCAGCACCGGCUGCCUCCGGCCCUCUGAGAGUAACCGUGUCACUGGAGUCUAUGAAAUCACUCUCUGCCACGUGGCUGACAACGGAAGUCCAGGCAUGCAGCGUCGUCGCAGGCGCGUGCUGGACACCUCGGUGGCUUACGUGAGAGGCGAGGAGAACCUGGCUGGAUGGAGGCCCCGCAGUGACAGCCUCAUCCUCGACCACCAGUGGGAGCUGGAAAAACUUAGCUUACUGCAGGAGGUGGAAAAGACCAGGCACUAUUUGCUGCUGAGGGAGAAGCUGGAGGCGACUCUGCAUGCGGGACAGGAUGCACUCUACAAAAAUGGCGACAUCAUCGACUUUGCAAAGAGUCCCGUCCUCAGCCACAGCCCCAGCAGCAGCCCCGCCCCCGACAGCCCCAACCAGAGGCAGAGGGAGCUGGCUGCUAAGUGUCUGCGUCUGCUGAUGCACACCUUCAACAGGGAGUACAGCCAGGUGAGCAGCAGUGCCAGUGAGAGCAAGCUUUCUGAGAUGUCUGCGUCUCUGAUGAGGGAGUCAUCCUCUUCUACACUGAGCACGCUCACCCCGUCCUCGACCUGCCCCUCACUGGUGGAGGGACAUUAUGACAUCAGACACACUGAUCCCAGUUCUGGAGCAUCCACACCGGACCUAGAUCCGUACAGCCCCGUGGACAGAAAGAAAAUCCUCAGAGGAUGCACCUUUGUUCCCGACAUACAGGAGAUUCGUGUCAGCCCUAUUGUGUCAAAGAAGGGCUAUUUGCACUUCCUGGAGCCUCACACCAGCGGCUGGGUGAGGCGUUUCGUGGUGGUGCGCCGGCCCUAUGUGUACCUGUACCGCAGCGAGAGGGACAGCGUCGAGAGAGCCAUCAUCAACCUGUCAUCUGCAAAGGUGGAAUACAGUGAAGACAAACAGACGUUACUGCGGACUCCCAACACGUUUGCUGUGUGCACCGAGCAUCGUGGGAUUCUGCUGCAGGCAGCCAAUGACAAAGAGAUGCAUGACUGGCUGUAUGCUUUUAACCCUCUGUUAGCAGGCACCAUCAGGUCAAAGCUCUCCAGAAGAAAGUCGGUCCAGUCUUACCCAUCGGCUCAGCGGAUGUGAGAGUUGAAGGGGCCUGGCGAAAAACAGCGAACAAAACAAUACAAUCUAAAAGCUCAGCUCAACAUCCUGCUUAAUCGAGCAUAGACCAUAUAGCAAACUUACACAUAGAACCAUUUAAAUAUCCCUCUAUGUGAUGACCGCCCCUGUCACUCACUCGCUCAUCCACAAAGCCGACAAAAGCAUUUUUUGCCAUCACCACCACACUAACCCUGCAUGGUGUUCUCCCUUACGACCUUUAGAAGAAUUCCUAAGAAAAUCUAACCACCCAAAACCCGUUACAUAACUUACCUCUGCUGGGCGCUGGGACUAGUUCAGAUUAGUUUUCAUGUUUCCUGUAGAUGUGUCAUCUGUGAGGCUGCCAGUUUCCAGCAAAGACAUAAGUCUCAGCUGUGAAGCAGACAUUGAACAUCAACCAUUAACGGCAUCAAGUGAGGGGAGGGGUAAAAACAUCUUAUUGGAUGUUUUCUCUGUGUAGGUGUGUUAAGUGCAGCGAUGAUAGCUCCAUAUCCAUCCUCCAUACAUAUAAUGUACAUAAUAAUGUACAUUGGCUUGGUGCUCUGCAGCAUAGAGUAUUUGUUUCACUGAAGAGGUUUCAGAUAGCAGAGAUUCAUCAUUGCUGUUGCUCAUCAUUUUAACCUUGAAGUAGCAUGAGGAGGGAUCCAAGCUGUUGUUUCUGUGUCUUUUUUUAAGAUCUGGUUCUAUGAAAACACGAGAUCGUUUGCUAGAUUAGGACGGCCCGUUCAGGAGAGAUAAUACGUGUCCUCGCCUUGUUAUUGAUAUGUGCUUCGUCCUUCCUUUAUUAUUAUUUAUAUUGUAUUUUCUACAUAACCCCUUGCAGGUAUAACCCUGAAGGAAAAUGUUUAAUGUUGCUGUUGAAGCUCUCUGCACUGUAUUUUAUUGUGACAGGACCACUGACAGUUUUGUUGCAUGGCACUUUAUUGAGUUAAUGUCUCGUACCAUUUACUCUCUUAUUUUAACCAAAGUGUUCUUUUGCUUUUUGUAAUCGUUUCACUUACUGUGCAUUUGUGUGCAAAGUUUUUUUAUUUUAUUUUAUUUUAGUGGGAUUUUAAAUGAAUAGUUUGACACUUUGGGAAAGUACUUUUCCUGCUGAGACUCAGAUGAGAAGACAAAAAGCGCACUUAUGAUCCUGAACCCAGCAGAUUUUUUUAGCCUAGCUUGGAUAAAAAAGUAGGAAACAGAAAGCUUGGCUGUGGCCGUUAACAAAAAGGGAAAAUAGCACGUCUGAAGCGAACUAAAUGGGACUUGUUUAAUGGGUGACUAAAUCUUGCAUAAAGAGCUGCAAGCUCUUUAUGCAAGUGAGCUUUAGAAGUGAGCUUUAGAAGUGCUAGUAGGUGAUUUUGUUGCUUGAGUUAAUCAGUUUUCACACAAUAAAUCCACAUUUCUGGCAAAAAAAGGUGAAUUUCCCAAAAGGUUACACUAUUCUUUUAACCGAUGAGUCGCACCAGAUUUGAUCUAAUUGGGAGGACAACUGUACUGUGUGUGGUUGUCAUUUUUAUUUUUAUGGAUCAGCAGAGUUGCUCCGUUCGAUAAGCUGACUUGUGAAGACUCCUCUUGUAGCUCAAUAGAAAGGACAAAGUUAUAAUCGACCGUGGACCUUCAGUCUUUUUAGGGCGGUUGCUUCAAGUGGACGAGAGCGUUGUCCUAGCACCAGAUAGUGCCUCCCUUUCUUCACCUCUCUUUUCUUUCUCUCCUUGAUCCUUGUCUUUAGCAUUAAUGCUAAAUAAAGUUACUCACAUGCAUUCAUGAUUAGCUUUUAUGUAAAGUUAUAGUAAAUGCUAUUAAUCUUUUUUUUAAUUUUCAUUAUGUAUAUCAAUGUUUUGGAGAGUGAAUAUUAUCAAUGAUCCUCUAUAGCAUAUAGUUAUUGCCUGUAACAGACUGUAAAUGUUUCCUUUGACAGCAGUCUCCCUGCUAGCUUUUGUACCGUAGCUGCUCGUAUUUGACAGCCUGACGCUUGUGUCGGACAUCGGUAAAGCAUGACUAACUUGAUGUUGUCAUGACAAGGAAUGGUUUGUAGGUCUUUAAAAAAAAUCUAUCGAUAAUGUUGCUUUGAAAUCUAAAACAUCUUUAUCUUGUUAUGCAAGAGUGACAACAUUGGGUCAAAUUUACCGAGUAGGCAUAUAAUGCAUUCAACACAGGCCUGGUCAGCCAGCCGGUCUGCCUGUCUCAUUUCCAUUUAAAUGAUAAUGAUCAGUUUUCUACACUUUGUAAGCAGAAUUUAGGACUUUGUGUGCCACAGGCCAGCCAACUUGUUGAGCAACACAGCCUAAAUCAUGUACAAGUGUGUAGAAAAUCUGACUCUAGUUAAAUUUUGCAUUUUAUUGCAGUUUUAUUAUGGGUUUUUUUGCCACUUUGGGUUUUUUUUUUAUGUUACUUUGUCUGUAAGUAAAGAGUUAAUUGAGUAUAUUUAUUGUUGAAUGUGUUGGGUAGAACAUGUUGUCUGCUGGUACAGAAGACAAAUGGAAAGUUUUAUUUGUAAAAUAUCAAACAUAAAUUAUGUUCUUGAAAAUUAAUGCACUUACGCACAAAGCAUCUUUAUUUAAUAUGAUUUUUGUAUUAAGCAUUUAGAAAAUCUAGAGGACUUAAUAUAUAUAUAUAUAUAU